AUGACUUCUGUUCCGCAGAGACACACCUACUACGGGGCACCAUCGUCCGUGUACACUCAAUCCCGCCAUCUCUCUGCAUUCGAAUCCAGCACAAAACGCAAGCAUGUUACAUUCGGUCCGUAUAUUGUGGGAUCCACCCUGGGAGAAGGUGAGUUUGGGAAGGUGAAAAUGGGAUGGUCUAAACACCCGGCAUCGUCUUUGGACGUACCAAAACAGGUGGCCAUCAAAUUGGUCAGAAGAGACACGAUCCCAAAAAACUCCGAAAAAGAGGUCAAAAUUUACCGCGAAAUUAACGCCCUGAAGCAUUUGACCCACCCCAACAUCGUGAAACUCGAAGAAGUCCUGCAAAACUCAAAGUACAUCGGCAUUGUGCUCGAGUAUGCAUCAGGCGGAGAAUUUUAUAAGUACAUCCAGCGCAAAAGAAGACUCAAGGAAAGCGUAGCGUGCAGGCUUUUUGCGCAGCUAAUCAGUGGGGUGUGCUACAUGCACUCCAAGGGCUUGGUCCAUCGAGAUCUGAAGCUUGAAAACUUACUUCUAGACAAGCAAGAAAAUCUGUUGAUUACGGAUUUUGGAUUUGUGAACGAAUUCAGUCCUGAAGAUGAGCUUAUGAAAACUUCGUGCGGAUCGCCUUGUUAUGCCGCUCCGGAACUAGUUGUAACCACCUGGCCAUAUCAGGCUCGAAAGGCAGACAUAUGGUCUUGUGGUGUCAUCUUGUAUGCAAUGCUAGCAGGUUAUCUGCCCUGGGAUGACGAUUCCGAAAACCCUGAUGGUGAUGACAUUGGAAAGCUCUAUCGUUAUAUUACAAAAACACCACUCAAAUUCCCAGACUACAUCAGUCCUGUACCAAGAGAUCUCCUGCGAGAAACCUUGCAAUCAGAUCCCAAAAGAAGGUACGGAACGACCCAGAUUUUGCAGCACAGAUGGCUACGACCUCAUCAAGCGUUUUUGAGCGUUCUGCCUGCGGAAUGGGAUCAAGUAUCUAAGAAUCAAGAUGUUUUGAGGAGGCCGCCUUCAAAGAGGGAUGGCGCAAAUGCUUCGCGACCACGUUCUAAUUGCUCGGUGUCAUCAUCCAACUCCAAAAACGAAAAGCGGAAUUCACUCAUUAUGGACUCAACAUUGUAUUCACAGCCGGUACCGCCACAACAAUCACAAUCGCAUGCCGUGGCGACGCCAUCUUCUCCUUCUCCAAGGAUGCGUCAGUCUCCGGUUAAGAUAAAUCGUCAUAGCCGCAGCAAUUCUGCUGCCUCGGUUGCACUGCAGGCUGUCGUUGAUGCUGAGAAGGAAUACCACGCAACACACACGAACCCACCUAGUUCAGCAUCACUGUCAGCACUUCAGUUGGAAAACUCGCCUUCGAGCGGCCAAAAUACCUCUCCUCGUCUUCACUCCCAUGCUCCCAAGAAGCAAAGUCAUGCAACCGUUUCUUCUUUGAAAGAUAGUAUUAUAGUCGAGACAAGCCCUCUGAAGGGAUCGUCGGCUCAUGUUCUUUCACCUUUACAAAUUGACCCAAACACUGGUCUCAUACUUUCCCCCAAAUCAGAGGGCCCAACAAUUCCCCUCACGCAUACCACUCAUAAGACAUCUCACACUACAGUUAACAAGACUCAUAACCUUCCAGCUCACAGACGGCCAAGACCAACCUCCUACAAUCCUACAUCUUAUACUGCAUUCAACGAUACUUCCUACGCAAUUCCUGGCUUUACUGUCCCGGAAAAGAACAGCAACGAGAAGGGGUCAAUCGAGAACCUCCUAUCCAUGGACAAGACAUCUCAGCAUACUUUACAGAAAGACUCACAGCGUCUGAGCCAAACAUUUCUGGACAUGCAGAUAGUCGCAGGUGACCUGAUCAAGACAGGUGACAACGGCGCUACUGCUGCCAAGAAGAUUCACGACCAGGUCGAAUACGCCGAUCAUAGAAUGGAUCUCAUGAGGCAGCGAAGGCAAAGCCAAAGGUACAGUGCUGUCUAUGAUAAAUUGUUCGGUGCUGUUCCUGAGCAGUCAGAAGUGCUGACUGACGAAGAGCCUAUCAAUUCAGAACCCAGCACUCCUAUAGUGCAGGAGCUAAAGGUGAGCCAAGAGCCAAUUAAGGGAAACAAGAAAAGAUUCAGCAUACUUUCGGGUUACUCGUCAUACAAUACAUCUAAAACCAGCAUAGAAUCAGAACAUGGGAAGGACAAAACUAAAAUUACAGCUAACAACGAGGCGGAGCUCGAGGGACGCUCAACGAAAGCAAGUUCGAGAAGCAGCUCCGCAACUCAUAAUGUAAAGGAUAAACGGGACGAGAAAAGAGAAAUCUCCAACACGGAUAAAACCAAAGCAGCCGAGGAAGUGAGCAAGGACUCGAGUUUAUCUCAAAAGACGGAGUCGAGAGCGGACCAAAUGGAGUCUCGAGAACAACAGUCAGCGACUCCACAGACCGUCAAGAGAAGCUCAUCUUUGCGCAAGACGAGCAAGAACUCGACGAGACCCAAUCGUGGCUCGGUGAUGAUCUCGUCAAUAUCGAGACUCGGAAGCUCCACAGACAGCGGCAGCAAUAGGACUGGGAACAAUGAGGCCAGACCUCGCGAGCAGUCGACGGCCAAGAAGGUCAUUGACUUUUUCAAGCGCAGAAGCAUGCGUCUUUAA